AUGACCACCAACUCGUUCGGCGGAGCUCUUCCUCCCUUCGAUUUCCCGCCCCAGCCAGCCCCCGCUAUCUCUCGCAUGGCUCGCGUCUCAAAGGCUCUUCCUGUCGUGUUGGUCACUACCGCGAUAGCUGCCAUCGCCUUCAAGGCCACCCAGGAAGCACAAACGCCUCGCUCGCCCAUUGCUGUCUCCAUGGCAUCUGGACGCGCUUCAGCAGCUCCGAGCUUGGUACCUCUAGGGCAAGGGGGCGUUGGCAAACAAAAUAUCGGCGUGACGACGAAGCCAAACAACUCGGGCACUUAA